GCGGAGCGGCAGCGCCGGCCUUUUUAGCCCUUGCAGUAUGCUAUAGCGCUUACUAAUUAAUCUCCAGAGCGCUCGCGCUGUGCGCGCAUCGCUGCCGACUCACGGCCUUGCCCGGACCACUCAGUGCCCAGCGCUCAAGCCCCACUGUAGUGAGCCCAGCGCGCGGCAGCAAUCACAAACGCUCACGCUACUACGCAGAACAAAAACGCAAUAAUGUCGCAGUCCCUCCUCGACCUCAUCGCGACCCAGGACGACGAGGAAAUUGUAGAGGAGGCGCCGGCGCCGGCGCCGGAGCCGGUCCCGGAGAAGCAGCGGUCGCGCGCGCGCACGGACCAGCGCGCGCUCGUCCCCGAGGGCACCUUUUCACAAAGCGCGGUUCAAAAAUCAGAGGCCUGCGCCGACCAGGCCUUCGGGUGGCGCUUCGUCGGCGGCAAGCGCACCUGGAAGGCCCAUGAUCUGCCCAAGCCACCGAACGCGAAAGCUCAACCUCGGGUAUGUGCCGCCGCCGCGAAAAGAUUUGGGAGGCAGAACCACACGAGCGCCGCGCUGCGCUGCUACGCGGCGUCAUUAAGGGCGGCGCGGGACCCGGCGCUCGUCGGCGACGUCGGCGUCUUCGCGGCGACGGACCCCCAGCUGCUGGCGGCGACGCGCGAUGCCUUCGCGGCCGUGGCGCGGUGGGACGGCGCGCCGCCUUUAGAAAGAACGCGCUGCGCGGCGCUGCUCUACGAUCUAUGUCCAAACGACCCGACGGCCUUGGUAAGGGCGGCGGAGGCCUUGAGCUCCGAGCGCGUGCGCGCGGAAGACCGGGGCGCGCGGGCGUGCCUCCUCUCGGCGCGCGCGGCGCUGCUUCUUGUAAACGCGGCGGCGCCGACGGUCGCCGCGGACGCGCGGCACCCGGCACAGCUCGACGCUUUGAUCAUAACGCUGCGGAAGCACGCUCAACAAAUCCGCGCGAACGCCACGGCCCGGGACGCCCUGGACCGCGCGCGGCGCGCCGCGGCGCGCGUCGAGCUCCGGGGCAAGCCGGCGGAGGCCGUCGCGCGGGCCGCGGCGCGGGCCGCGUCCAUCGCCACCGCCGUCGCCGCCUGCGCCGACGCCGUCCUCCUCGACGGCACGGCGUUCGCGCCGCGUGACGACCUUGCGGGCGGCACGAUACUAGUCGCGGAUCUGGCGGAGAACGAGGGCGACGGCGCCGCGCUGGCCGCGUGGCUCGCGUCCGACGCGACGGCCCCGCAGCGCCUCGCGGCCGCCGGCGUGGCCGAGGACGCGGCGCGGGUCGUCGGCGACGCGACGCUCUUCCUGCGCGCGGCGGCGGCGGCGUGCCUCCGGAAGAACACGAGCGACGCGUGGGUGGCGCUCGCCGAGGCCGUAUCGGCUGACAUCGACACCGACGGCGUCGAGGCGGCGCGGCGCGCGGUCUUUCCGGAGCGCGUCGCGUCGGCGCGUAUUGAUGCGUGGUUCGCGCCGCCGAAGCGGAAGAAGAAGAGGUUCCCGCGGGAAGUCUCGGACGCGGCGCGGGCCGCGAAGAUGGUCGUGGCGGCGCUCGCGGCGACUGACGAAGCGGAGGCGUUCGCGCGAUCAACAGCGGCGGACCUCCGCGCUGCGCGCGCGGCGCCCGAGGCGCGGCCCACGACCGGCCUCGACCGCUCCGCGCGGGCGCCGGUGCUGCGGGCCGGCAGCCGCGCCGCGCUUGAGGCGGCGCUUGCGCAAGAGGACGAUGGCGAUGUGAUUGCGCGGUUCCUGCGCGUCGCCGACACGCAGCUGCUCUGGGGCCGGGCCGAGCCGGCUGCCGCGCUGGCCGCCGCGCCGGCGCCCCGAAAGGUUCCGGGCAAUGGUCCGCGGUACGAGGCACCGGCGGCACCCGCCCCCGCGCCCCCGAAGAAGAAGAAGCAGCGCCGCCAGGGCUGCGACUGCGCCGCGACGGGCCCGCACCGGCGGACGUGCCCGCUCUACCGGCCGCCGGCCCCGAAGCCCACACCGACGGACUUUUGGGCCCGCGAGGCCGCGCGCCGCUCGGCCGAGGUCCAGGCGCGUGUCAACGAAAUCGGCGGCGGCGGCGACGACGACGACGAAGAGGAGGAGGCCUCGCCGCCCGCGAGCGCCGCGCCCAAGCCCAAGCCCAAGCGCGCGCCGUCGAUGAAGACGUGUCCGGCAUGCUCCUUGAAGGUGCACAACCGGCGGGCGACGUGCCCUGGCUGUGGCGCCGCGUUCCCGAAGAAGACCGACGGGCAUUGGAGCGGCGGCGUCUGGCGGCCGGCCAGCGACGUCGCCGCGUCGGCAGCGCCUCCCGCACCGGCCCCGGCCGCGCCGCCGGCCGCUGUGCCACCUGCCGUGCCGCCGGCCGCGCCACCGGCUGCACCGACGGCCGCCGCGCCGACGGCCGAGCCGGGCGACCUGUGGACGCCGGACGAGGACGCGGCGCUGCGGCGCCUCCACGCGGAGCAUGUCGAGACCCCGUCCAGCGAUCGCGGCGGCCUCUGGGACGUGAUUGCGGCGGCGAUCGGCACGCGACGAACGGCGUCGGCCGCCGAGCAGCGGUGGAAGCUGAUCAAGCACAAGAGCGCCCCGGCGCCGGCCGAGCCGCCGUCCAAGAAGCGAAAGAAGAGUGAGAAGCGCGUCGAGAGGAAGAAGAAGAAACAGAGGUCCCGGGUGUGGGACCUCGACAAGAAGAAGUAUGUAACAAGCUAG